UCUCGUUUGUAUGGAACCGAUUCGAAUAGAAACUAAGCCAAGGACAUCCGAGACCGUUUCAAAACGCAGCAAAAGUGUUUUUUCGCACCGGUUACGUCACUUUCAAAGAUCAUCGUCCGAUAUUUAUGUAACACGUGGUCCCGCAUAACCCACGCAUUCGCAUCGCUCGUGUUCCGCGUGUAUGGUAUCAGUGAAAAAGGACCGUAAGGAUCAGACGAGCGAAUUCGAGAAACAGGUAAGUAGAAAGCUCGCCCGGUCGGUCGGUCGGUCGGAUUCGAUUGGUUGGCGCGCGAUGCGGGACACCUGGUCUCGCCCUUAUAUGUUGCAUCGAGAUGGAUCAUGGAUUCAAACGAUCAGUUCUCUGCCAUCGACAGCGAAGCGAACGUCUUCGACAAUUUCUGUCAAACACCAUCGUUCGAUUAAAUAUUAUUUCUUGUUUUAAAAGUGUCGCAUUCUACUUUCGUCUGAGCAAUCCCGCCCACGCCACUGUUUGUACAUAAAAGUAAUAGGUGAAUCGCAAAGCAGCUAGUCGAAGAGGAAGGAUCAAAAGAUAUUGUACUUUGUGCAUCGCGAUUGGUCGAUGCCCUGCGUGGGACACGACAGCUAUCCUUAUAGAUCCGCGGAUCGUCGGUCUGUCUGCAGUUCAUCGAUCGUGAAAAUUGAGAGAGUAGUCGAAGCAAGCAGUUAGAGGGAUGUUCGGAACCACUGUUACCUUCGGUGCUAUCAUUUGCCUGGUAGCCUCAGAAACGGUGAUUCUCCAGAGAAUAAAGCGACAAGAUGUUCCACAAGAAGGUGGCGUGAUAGAUAAUAUAUUCAACAUCCCAAUUACGGCUAUCAAGCAAACAGCAGCUGCUGCGCAGUCCUUCAGUCCACAAAAUUCCCAAACUAUCGACAGCGUUUUGCAGAUUCCCAUAUCGACUUUGCAAGCCGUCGGCAAUCUCGUGAAGUCGACAACAGGUCAGAGACGCCAGAAUGCUGAAAAUGCACAGAAAAAUCGACAAGAGAGACUGGACCGCUUGAUAGCUCAGAGAGAGCGACAGAGGUUGCAGAGAGAGUUACUUCAACAACAACGUUUGAAACAGCAACAAGUGAAAAGGACCAUCAAAGUGAACAACACGGAUCCGUUUGGUUUCAACAAUUUAUCAUUCUUGAUUGGCAAUCAUGGGAUUCUAGGCAGCAUUGUAGGCAGCAUUCAAGGCAUGUUUGGUACCUACGCUCAUGCUGACAGCAGUCAUGGUAGUCAUGGUGGAAGCAGUCACGGUGGAAGCAGUCAUGGUGGAAGCAGUCAUGGAAGUCAUGGAAGUCAAGGAACCCAUGGAAGUCAUGGGAGUACAAGUGGUAACCAAAAUACCUACGAAGUUCACGAAAAUAUAGAAGAAGAUACCAAUUUCACCUGGCACGGGAACACUGGUGGCACUUUUUCAGGCUCACGACCAACCAGCACUCAAAUCGUUAUCCAAAAUAAGAUUGCUCCUAAGGACAAGAGGCCUUACCCUUACAAAUACUCUUAUGACAAUUUGAAUCGAAUACAAAACAAAAUUGCGCCAACCUCGGAAGAGGAUUACCCGAUUGAGAAUAAGAUUGCACCAAAAAGUAACAAAAUUUCGUUCCAGUCUUAACUUUUAUAGUCUAUCGAAAUUCACUGCAAAAUGCAAAAUUUGUUACAUUCAAACAUCAUAUAAUACCUAUGUUCUAAUAGAGCUUUUAUGUUGGUGCAGAAUUAGCAUUAAACAUACUAAUUAAUAAAAUUGUCGCAUCACACUGUCACAAUCAACACUGUAAUUGUAAUUUCUGCGUAAGUUUGUGUGGAUCUCAUCAUGUUUCCGAUGCAUGAAACAUUUCGUGAUUUCGGGUAGACCUGUUAAAAUUCAUGUUGCGUCUCCAGACUCGGAAAUCUUUUUGUCCUUCAAAUGUGACGACUUCAGCGAACUUCAAAAGAAAAGAACGCAUGUAUAUACUGAAUUGAAAUAAAUUCUUUCUCAUUGUC